AAAAAAAAAAAAAAAAGUGAGAGCAAGGGAGACAGAGACUGGUUCCAGGUUAGUUAGCCCCUCACUACCCACUAUGCCUGAUGAGUCAAUUGUAGUACUACAGAUGAGGUCCGAUUUCCGGAGAGGUCUUCAUUUCCCAAUAUUAUUUCCUUUUUGUCCCCUCCAAGGUAAAUCAAAUUUAUCUUGUCAACUGGUCCAUAUUUUCACCAUACCAAGAGAAUUUCGCCAUGGCUUCAUCAGCUCAAGAUAUCAAUAUGAAGUUGUCUAGCUCCCCAACCACUUCCUUUCAAUCCCCAUCCAGUCAUGGGGGGUCUGCUUUGGCCAGUCGAUCGAUUAUCCCUCUAUCCAAUGCAAAGCAUUUGAAGCCAUUCGCCACAGAAGACAUCAAGGUUUUGCUCCUAGAAAAUGUGAAUCAGACCGGUCGAGAUAUUCUCACCCAGCAAGGCUAUCAAGUGGAGUUUCUCAAAUCAUCACUCCCAGAGGACCAACUCAUUGAAAAGAUCCGUGAUGUGCAUGUGAUUGGUAUCCGGUCCAAAACUAAGCUUACAGCUCGUGUAUUGAAAGAAGCCCGCAACCUUAUAGUCGUGGGGUGUUUCUGCAUUGGGACAAACCAAGUUGACCUCCAGUAUGCGGCAGACCAUGGAAUUGCAGUUUUCAAUUCGCCAUUCAGCAAUUCUCGCAGUGUCGCCGAACUAGUCAUAGCUGAGAUUAUUGCUCUCGCCCGCCAGCUUGGUGACCGUUCUAAUGAAAUGCACAACGGUACUUGGAAUAAAGUUAGCAACAAAUGCUGGGAGGUUCGUGGGAAGACUCUGGGUAUCAUUGGAUAUGGUCACAUCGGUGCCCAGUUAUCUGUACUAGCAGAGGCAAUGGGUUUGUCGGUGAUUUUCUAUGAUGUAGUGAACCUGAUGGCAUUGGGUACUGCUCGCCAGGUGCCAACCUUGGAGGCACUCCUUGCCGAAUCGGAUUUUGUUACAUGCCAUGUUCCAGAGCUCCCAGAAACCCAAAACAUGAUAGGGCCGCAGCAAUUCGAACAAAUGAAAAACGGCAGCUACCUCAUCAAUGCUAGCCGAGGAAGCGUUGUGGAUAUUCCUGCCCUGAUUCACGCAAUGCGAUCUGGCAAGCUUGCCGGAGCUGCGCUCGAUGUGUACCCGAAUGAACCUGCUGGGAACGGCGAUUACUUCAACAAUGACCUUAAUGGAUGGGGCGCGGAUCUACGAGCACUCAAGAAUUUGAUUUUGACUCCUCAUAUUGGAGGAAGCACUGAAGAAGCUCAAAGUGCCAUCGGUGUUGAAGUCGGCCAGGCUUUGGUGAGAUAUGUCAAUGAAGGUACCACUUUGGGUGCUGUAAAUCUCCCUGAAGUUGCUCUUCGUUCCUUGACCAUGGAUCAACCGAAUCAUGCUCGGGUGAUUUACAUUCACCAAAAUAUUCCCGGUGUUUUGCGGAAAGUGAACGAGGUUCUGGGCGACCACAAUGUUGACAAGCAGAUGACGGAUAGCCGAGGUGAUGUGGCCUAUUUGAUGGCUGACAUUAGCAACGUCGACACUACUACGAUUAAAGACCUCUAUGAGAGGCUGGAAAGUCUCUCCUCUCGAAUUAUGACACGCAUAUUGUACUAGAUGUUGUGGCAUCAGUGAAUACCGCGUCGCAAAAGAGAAAUUGUCAUUAUCGUCAGCUAUCGAUCUCAAUUAUUGUGUUGCGUUUUGUCCCCUCCUUGUUCUCUUUAACCUAAUUUUGCCUUGCUCUAAAUAGACAAAAGGAAGAUAAGGAAUGCAGGAAAUAUAUGUGUGUUCCGGCUUCGGUUUAGGAUCCCUCAACGGAUCUACGCUAAUGAGAGGGAGUAGAGGAAAGAAAAAAGAAAAAGUAUUUGUUAUGAUGUAUACUGCCUCGGUUAUAGGGUUUCGAUUUACUCUCACUUUUUUUCUUUUUUCUUUUUUCUUUCUUUCUUUCUUUCUUUU